AUGGCUAUAAUUCAAGUCAUCGCCUUCCAACUCGUAAUGACGCCAUGCGUUGUUGGCACUGAUUUGUUGUUCAUUAGUAUCGGUACUUGCAUAGUGUUUCAAUAUCGUCUCCUUCAACAGUGUUUAUUGAAAUACUGUAGCCCUGAGAUGAUUGUUAUCAACAAGAAAUUAAAGAAUUUUGGAAACGAUACCUAUAAUAAUAAUAAUGAAAGGAAGCAAUACUUUAUUAAAUGUGUUGAACAUCAUCAAUUGCUUAAAAGGAUUACGAAAUUAAUGAACAAAAUUUUUAAUGUAGUUAUGCUGCUCCAGUUGAGUAGUGCUAUUGGUGGAAUUUGCUUGUCAGUAAUAUUAAUCGCACAAGUAUGA